ACCUUCUUCUCCUCUUUAUAAAAUGUGCCCCCAACCCUUCAACUUCCCUUGUCCUCACCCCAUCAGACUCUCAGUUGCCUAAGCUCCACAUCUCUUUCCUCCAUUGAUAAUGUUUAGAGUUAUACUAAACCUAUUUCUCUUAUCCCUUUUGUUUCAGUUUCGAUCUAACAAUGCUUCUUCCCCUACAGCACAAACUCUUGAGCUUCAACACCCAAACUACUUCAACCCAAAGCUGCCCCCUAAGACACUGUCUUCCUCUAAAAAGUUCGAGGGAUCUUCAGACCUGGUAAACCUCCGUUACCAUAUGGGUCCAGUUCUCUCUUCUCCGAUCAAUAUCUACCUCAUUUGGUAUGGUAAGUGGGCCCCAUCUCAGCAACUCCUCAUUAAAGACUUCCUUCUCUCAGUUUCCACCUUCAACCACCGUGCUGCUCCGUCACCUUCCGUCGCGGAGUGGUGGAGCACUGUGUCAUUGUACACUGACCAAACCGGAGCUAACAUCUCCCGCUCCGUACUCAUCGCCGGAGAAUACUCUGACUAUAAGUAUUCUCAGGGGAAAAACCUUAAUCGUCUCUCCAUUCAAGACGUCAUUGCCGAAGCCGUCCGAUCGAAGCCGUUCACCGUAGAUCAUAAGAAAGGGAUCUAUCUCGUGUUAACUUCAGUCGACGUUACUAUGCAAGACUUUUGUCGAGCAGUUUGUGGGUUUCACUACUUCACCUUCGCAUCGAAAGUCGGUUACACGCUGCCGUACGCUUGGGUCGGCAACUCCGGGAAGCAAUGUCCCGAAGUUUGUGCGUAUCCAUUUGCGGUGCCGGGGUACAUGGGAGGAGGUGGGCCCGGGGCAUUGAAAUCACCAAAUGGAGACGUCGGAGUUGACGGAAUGAUAAGCGUGAUAGGUCACGAACUAGCUGAACUAUCAUCAAAUCCGUUAGUGAAUGCGUGGUAUGCAGGGGAAGAUCCGGUUGCGCCGACGGAGAUUGGAGAUUUGUGUGAGGGGUUGUAUGGGACAGGGGGUGGGGGUGGGUACAUUGGACAGGUAAUGAAGGAUAGAGAUGGCCGGACUUUUAAUUUGAACGGACGGAGAGGGAGGAAGUUUUUGGUUCAGUGGAUUUGGAGCCCUGUUCUCAAAGCUUGUGCUGGUCCAAACGCCAUGGAUUAGUGAGCACAAGAAUCUGUAGAUAUUUAGCUAAACUCCAUGAAGUUUGAAAAAUAAAACAAAAAUGGAGGAAAAAAAAGAAAGAUGCUCCAAUCUCAUAGUA